CCACGCCUUACACAUCCACGGUUCUACCAACAUACCACCAAGUGAAAGCAGGACUUUGGACGGCUCAGAUUUGGACCACAGUGUUGGUUUUUCAGGGAGAGAGUUCGUAGUUUGUGUCUGACCUUUAACAUCUAAUGGAGAAUCAACCGCUGACAGACUGGGACAGUGGUCUCUGCGACUGCUUCGAGGAUGCAAGCACAUGCUGCUAUGGCUUCUGGUGCUCCAUAUGCCUCGCCGGCACAGUUUCAAGACGAUUUGGAGAGAGCAACCUUCUCCCCUUAUGUGAUACAUGUUGUUUUUGGGGGGGUGUUCCUCCUGCUGCCCUAUCCAUGAGAGCUGCCAUGCGGCAUAAAUAUAAAAUCAAGGGCUCCCUCUGUAACGACAUUGUUAUUUCCUGGUGCUGUCACGGCUUGUCCUGGUGUCAGAUGCAUCGUGAGUUGAAACAUCGCAAGAAGGACCCCGUCGUCAUCAAUGUGCAAGCUCAAACUGCCAUCCACAUGCAGCCUUCUCCGAUGAUGAUGUUACCCGCUCCUGGCCCUUAUGUGGGCCAGCCAAUGUUCAUCCCGGCUCCACAAUAAUAUAAUCUUUAAUUGGAUCUCAUCUUUGACACAGAAGGAGUUUGCAUAUUCCCCCCCGUGUCUGCGUAGGUUUCCUCCGGGCGCUCCAGUUUCCCUUUCCACUAAAAGACAUGCUGGUCAGAUCAGCCAUUAGUGGCGAAUCGCUCAGUCUUGGCGGCUCAGGCUAACCCUGCAUCUGAGCUACAAAAUAUUGUUGUAUGUACCUUGUAUGUAUAAUGACAAUUACAAUGACAAAUGAAACAAAUAAGACACUGAUCUUUUUGAAUCAUGCUUUCGAAAUGUCAACUUGUGUUAAACUACUCACAGUUUUGUAGGAAAAGAAACAGAUAAAAUCAUUUAAAGUGUAAGAUUGUGAUAUAGCCUUAAAGUUAUUGUUUAUUUUAUUCUUUAAUUUCUGGCAAUAAAGACUAUAUUCUGACAUGUUAAACCCAUUUGGCCCAAUAUUGGUCUGCUUCAAUUAUUUGCGACUUGUUGUUCCUGUUAAUGAGUCACAAGUUAGGCCCUCUCUACCCAGUUGCAACAAUUCCAUAAAGGGGGAAGAGAUACAGGCAAAACUGGGGAACCUGAAAUGGAAAGAAAAACACUAUUAUUACAAGUCAACUAAAGUUCUCAGACCAAUUCCAAAAGAUGACAUUGUGAGACUUCAGGAACAGACAAGAUACUGUUCUUCAGGAAGUGCGUCCAGGUUCCUAUGAAGUGAGAGCCGAAGAAGGUCAGAAUGAACCAUCAGAACCAGUUGAAAACUAAAGAGUCUUUCCUGGAGACAAGUAGUGAUCAUACAGAUAGAAGUGAUGCUGUAUCACCAGCAGGUCUUAUUUUAACUUUAAUUGACACGUGCAAACUACUUUAGUGUUACUUAUAAGAAGAAGAUCUGAGCGUCCAAUUAAAUUAAAUCUAAAUCAGAAUUCUGCAUAUUUCAGUCUUAAUGUUGUGGAAGAAAAUAAACAAGAGCUUUGUUAUAUAGAAAAGCAGACAAAAAAAUAUGUUUCUCUAAUUUUAUAAAGAUAAGCUGGUGAGAAUAGUCAUAAGCUGGUGAGUUCUUUUUUAAAGGGCUGUAAAUAUUGACGUUUACAAUAAUUUAGGUUAAUAAAUGAACGUAUUUAGUUUAAUGAAAGAGGUUUUCUUGAUAUAGUUAAACUGACUGUAAUGCCCAAUGUGACCAGCAGAGGUACCCAUAACCUCAGUGAUGUUGUUAAACCGGACUCGAUGAAGUAGAGGCGCUUCCCACAGGAAUGUUGUUGUUUUUUUAAAAUUAAACUUUUGAAUUUGCUUCCAUGAACAUUGCAGACAUAACAAUUGGAUGCCAGAGGUAUAAUUAAUAAGUACAAAGGGAGCAGUGAUCCCGUUUAAAAAAUUACAUAUAUGAGAAGACUAAAAAAAACCUAAUAUACAAAUUACAUAAAAAAAAUCACAUAAGCUUGUCAAGAACACAGAUC